CGUCUGCACGGCGAGGAGGAGGAGAGAGGCGCAGAGGGGUCGCCUCGGGACAGCGGAGGAGACCGGCUUUGACUGCGGAGGACGAGGGAAGUGAGAAGAUGUCGGCCUGCCUCCUACGGUUGUCCGCCCUCCUGCUGUGCGCGGCGGGGCUGAACGGGGCGCUGGAGUUCGGGGGCUCGGCGGGGCAGUGGGCCCGGUACGGCCGGUGGGACGCGGGGUCACGGGGCGAGCUGAGCUUCAGCCUGCGGACCAAUGCCAGCCGGGCGCUGCUGCUCUACGUGGACGACGGGGGCUACUGCGACUUCCUGGAGCUGAUGGUGGCCGGCGGGCGGCUCAGGCUGCGCUUCAGCAUCUUCUGCGCAGAGCCGGCUGUGCUGCUGACCGAUGCCCGGGUGGAUGAUGACCGCUGGCACAUGGUGGUGCUGACACGCAACGAGCGGGAGACACGGCUGGUGGUGGACGGCGAGGCCGGGGCGGCCCGGGUGCGCUCCAAGCGGCCGGACAUGACGGUGGCCAGUGACCUGUUCGUGGGGGGCAUCCCGCCCGACGUGCGGCUGUCUGCCCUCACCUCCAGCACCGUCAAGUAUGAGCCGCCCUACCGAGGGCUGCUGGCCAACCUGAAGGUGGGGGACACCCCGCCCGUGCUGCUCAACAGCCAGGGCAUCCGCAGCGAGAGCGAGCUGCUCUGCGCCCGCCACAACCCCUGCCUCAACGGCGGCUCCUGCUCCGUGCUGGGUGGCAGGGCCGUCUGCGACUGUGCCGGCACCGGAUACCACGGGAAGGAGUGCGGAGAAGAAGAUCAUGGGACGGAAGGUCCUGCUCACCUGAUGUUAAGCAACCAAGGCUCGGAAGAAGCUCUCCUCUCUGCCAAAGAGGAAUCCGUGGCCACCUUCAAGGGGACAGAAUUCUUCUGCUACGACCUCUCGCACAACCCCAUCCAGAGCAGCAGCGACGAGAUCACACUCUCCUUCAAGACCCUGCAACGCAACGGGCUCAUCCUGCACACGGGCAAGUCAGCCGACUACGUCAACCUGGCUCUGAAGAACGGAGCUGUCUCACUGGUCAUCAACCUGGGCUCGGGGGCCUUCGAGGCACUGGUGGAACCGGUCAACGGCAAGUUCAACGACAACAGCUGGCAUGAUGUGAGGGUCACCCGCAAUCUCCGUCAGCACUCAGGCAUUGGACACGCAAUGGUGACAAUUUCAGUGGAUGGUAUCCUGACCACCACAGGAUACACCCAGGAGGACUACACCAUGCUGGGCUCCGACGACUUCUUCUACAUCGGUGGGAGUCCGAGCACGGCCGAUCUCCCGGGCUCUCCUGUCAGCAACAACUUCAUGGGAUGUCUGAAGGAUGUUGUCUACAAGAACAACGACUUCAAACUGGAGCUCUCGCGCUUGGCCAAGGAAGGUGAUUCCAAAAUGAAAGUGCACGGUGACCUGUUCUUCAAGUGCGAGAACGUGGCGGCCUUGGAUCCGGUCACCUUUGAGGCCCCGGAGGCCUUCAUCUCCCUCCCCAAGUGGAACACCAAGAAGACGGGCUCCAUCUCCUUUGACUUCUGCACCACAGAACCCAAUGGGCUCUUGCUGUUCAGUCACGGGAAGCCCCAGCACCUGAAGGAGGGCCGGAGUGAGCGGCUACAGAAGGUGGACUACUUUGCCAUGGAGCUGCUGGACGGGUUCCUCUUCCUGCUGCUGGACAUGGGCUCGGGAGCCAUCAAGGUCCGUGCCACCAACAAGAAGGUCAAUGACGGAGAGUGGUGUCACGUCGACUUCCAGCGAGAUGGCCGCUCAGGUUCCAUCUCGGUCAACAGUCGCCACCUGCCCUUCGUAGCCAACGGCGAGAGCGAGAUCCUGGACCUGGACAGCGCCAUGUACCUGGGCGGUCUGCCCGAGAACAAGCUGGACCUGCUGCUGCCCUCGGAGCUGUGGACGGCCUUCCUCAACUACGGCUACGUGGGCUGUGUGCGGGACCUCUUCAUCGAUGGGCAGAGCAGAGACGUGCGGCGCCUGGCUGAGCUCCAGAACACAGGGGGAGUCAGCGGCUUCUGCUCCCGCGAGACCCUGAAGCAGUGCAGCACCGCCCCUUGCCGCAACGGAGGGAGCUGCCGGGAGGGCUGGAACCGAUACAUCUGUGACUGCACUGGCACCGGCUACUUCGGCAGGAAUUGCGAGACAGAGGGGACGGUCCUGAGUUACGAUGGCAGCAUGUACCUGAAGAUCAUGAUGCCCCUGGUGAUGCAUACGGAGGCGGAGGACAUCUCGCUGAGGUUCAUGUCACAGCGGGCGUACGGUCUGCUGAUGGCCACCACUUCCAAGGACUCGGCGGACACCCUGAGACUGGAGCUGGACGGGGGACGCGUGAAGCUCACCGUCAACCUAGACUGUGUCAGGACUAACUGUAACCCUAGCAAAGGGCCCGAGACGCUGUACGCGGGGCAGAAGGUGAACGACAACGAGUGGCACAGCGUCCGUGUUGUCCGCCGAGGGAAGGGCCUGCAGCUGUCUGUGGACAACAUCACCGUGGAAGGGCAGAUGGCUGGAGAUCACACCAGGCUGGAGUUCCACAACAUUGAGACGGGCAUCAUGACAGAGAAACGCUUCAUCUCCAUCGUCCCCUCCAACUUCAUUGGGCACUUGCAGAGCCUCAGCUUCAAUGGGAUGCACUACAUCGACCUGUGCAAGAAUGGCGACAUCAGCUACUGUGAGCUCAACGCCUUCUUUGGAAUGCGCGACAUCAUCGCAGACCCCGUGACGUUCAAGGCCAAGUCCAGUUACCUGGCGUUGGCCACUCUCCAGGCAUACACCUCCAUGCACCUCUUCUUCCAGUUCAAGACCACGGCGAUCGAUGGGUUGAUCUUGUACAACAGUGGGGACGGCAAUGACUUCAUUGUGGUGGAGCUAGUCAAAGGGUACCUACACUAUGUGUUCGAUCUGGGCAACGGACCCUCCCUGAUGAAGGGCAACUCUGACAAGCCCGUCAAUGACAACCAGUGGCACAACGUGAUGGUGUCCCGAGACUCCAAUAAUAUCCACACCCUGAAGAUCGACUCCCGAACCGUCACCCAGCAUUCCAACGGAGCCCGCAACCUCGACCUGAAAGGGGAGCUGUAUAUCGGUGGACUCAACAAGGGCAUGUUCAACAACCUCCCUAAGCUGGUCGCCUCCCGAGAGGGUUUCCAGGGCUGCCUGGCAUCCAUUGACCUCAACGGACGCCUGCCAGAUCUGAUCGCCGAUGCCCUCCAUCGAGUGGGGCAGAUCGAGAGAGGAUGUGGAGGCCCCAGCACCACCUGUCAGGAGGACUCCUGCGCCAACCAGGGAACUUGCAUCCAACAGUGGGACGGUUACACCUGUGACUGCACCAUGACCUCCUUCGGGGGCACCCUCUGCAACUACCCUGGCACCACGUACAUCUUUGGUCGGGGUGGAGCCCUUAUCACCUACACGUGGCCUCCGAAUGACCGGCCGAGCACGCGAGCUGACCGCCUUGCCGUGGGAUUCAGCACACAGCAGAAGGAUGCCAUUUUGGUUCGAGUGGACAGUGCCUCUGGCCUGGGAGACUACCUACAGCUCCACAUAGAACAAGGGAAGAUCCAGGUGAUUUUUAACGUGGGGACAGAUGACAUUGUGAUCGAGGAGAAGAAUGUGGUUGUGAAUGACGGCAAGUACCAUGUGGUGCGAUUCACGAGGAGUGGGGGCAACGCCACGCUGCAGGUCGACAAUUGGCCCAUAAAUGAGCGCUACCCUGUAGGCAACUAUGAUAACGAGCGGCUGGCGAUUGCUAGACAGCGAAUUCCAUAUCGUCUUGGUCGGGUAGUAGACGAGUGGCUACUCGACAAAGGCCGACAGUUGACUAUCUUCAACAGCCAGGCCUCCAUCCGGAUCGGAGGAAAGGACUACGGGCGCCCUUUCCAGGGCCAGGUGGCCGGCCUCUACUACAAUGGCUUGAAGGUCUUGACCUUGGCGGCCGAGAGUGACCCCAACGUCAAGGUGGAGGGCAACCUGCGGCUGGUGGGGGAGGUGCCCUCGGUCAUGACCACUGAGACUACAGCCACCACACUACUGGCGGACAUGUCCACCACCAUCAUGGAGACCACCACCACCAUGGCCACUACUACCACACGGCGAGGGAGGUCACCCACCAUGAAUGACAGGAUCACGCAGAACACAGAUGACAUUCUGGUGGCCUCUGCUGAGUGUCCAAGUGAUGAUGAAGACCUGCAAGAGUGCGAGCCCAGCACGGGAGGCGAGCUCAUUUUGCCCAUAAUCACGGAGGAUGCGCUGGAAAUGCCGGCGAUAAUCACCCGCUCUCCCUUCGUGCCCCCGCCCCCGACCUACCGGCCCCUGCUCACGGCCGCGGAGACCACCAGAGAGUCGCUGACCCUGACCUCCAAGCUGGGCUCUCCUUGCCUCUUGGAGCAGGACGACGACUGCGACGAGGUGAUGGUGGUGUCCGGCUACGGCUCCGGAGAAGUCUUUGACUCCAGUUUCCCCCCGACCGACGAUGAGGACUUUUACGCCACCUUCCCCCUGGUCACCGACCGCACCCUCCUGGCCGGCGCCGAUCCCUCCCUCCCCAAGUCCAAGGGCUUCCGUCCCAGCAAGGGGCCGAAGGGUCCCGGCGGCGCCAGCGCCUCCCCCGACGCCCCGCUCUCCACCUCCUCUUCCCCGGACAUGAUCCGAAAGCUGCCCGCCGGCAAGCUCAACACCCGCGACAACCCCAAACCCAACCCUGACCUAGCGCUGCUCCCUCUCCCCACCGAACACCUCAGCAAGAAGCAGGCGAGGCGGCCCCCAGUAACCUCCGGCCCCGGCUUUCACCAUUUACCCACAGCCAACCCCAGCGGCCCGGGCGCCGGGGCGGCGGGACCCCCGGGGGCGGUGGAGGUGAUCCGCGAGUCCAGCAGCACCACCGGUAUGGUGGUCGGCAUCGUGGCGGCGGCUGCGCUCUGCAUCCUUAUCCUGCUCUACGCCAUGUACAAGUACCGCAACCGCGACGAGGGCUCCUACCAGGUAGACCAGAGCCGCAACUACAUCAGCAACUCGGCGCAGAGCAACGGCGCGCUGGUCAAGGAGAAGCCGCCGGCCGCCGCCAAGGCCGCGGGCAAGGCCAAGAGGAACAAGGACAAGGAGUACUACGUCUGAGGCCCGGGCGGGGCGGGGGGCGGCCGGACUUCGGGAACGGGGCGUGGGUGAGGCUUCUGCGCCCUCUUCCUACCCCGGCGUUGGGGUUGGGCGGGGGAGACCCAGGUCACGCUGCUGGUUGCCCGUUCCCCAUCCCCACCCCGCUGGGAAGGGGGAGCCUUUCUACUCCCCCUUCACCUCCAGUCAGCCGUCGCUGGGACCCCUCCCCGCUCCGCCCCACCCUGCCCCGAGGUCGAACAGCGGGAGACUGUCCCCCGGAGAGGGCGGGGCCGCUGUGAACGACUGGCUAAGACCCCACCCCCACCCACCUCGCUCGGUGGCCCGGGACCAGCCGGUGUGGCUUCCUCCCUCCGCCCUCACCCCCCCCCCCCCGACACCUUCCC